GACAACACAAAUCAAGCACAGCUUAACGUUGAUUUUAAUUUGAUUUUGAACCAACUAUUUGACGUCACAUAAACGGAGUGUAAAGUUACUUGUAAGUGAAAAAUGACUUGCCACAAGCGAACCAAGCAAUCAGUCCUAGUCAUAGCCUUCCUCGUAAUAAUCACCUAUGAGAUCCACCGAGUCGUGUCAGCGAUAACCAUGAGACCUGCCACUCCCUCCAGGACAGUUGCCAUCAAUGAAGUGUCUGGGAUCAUAUUCAGUAAAGUCGAUAUUCUCCAUGGACCCACAGCUUUUGCUCAUAAGACGUAUGCCACGUUGGCCAAGCUCAUUCAAAAGGAUUACAUAAAUCCGCCUUCUGGAGUUCCAUUCGAUAGAUCCACUUUGAGUAAGGACGAGAAAGGUGAAGCCAACCAAGCUCAGAUUGUAGAUGAACUACUGGGUGGCCUUCGGAAUGGAUUCUUCAUUGAGAGUGGAGCCGCUGAUGGCCUUUAUCAUAGCAACACAUUGUUUCUGGAGACUCAACGGAACUGGACUGGUAUUUUGAUUGAACCCAAUCCCAGUCAAUUUCAGGUGCUUCAAAAAGCGAAAAGGAACUGCCACAGUCUACAAGGCUGUCUAUCCGUGCACAAUUACGCAGAAGAGGUGACAUUUUUGAACGCUGGACACGUGGGAGGGAUCAAAGGAGUCAACGUCCCAAGAAGCAUAUCGCAGCAACGCACUUGGAGCAACUAUCGAAGAAUUUCUUUCGAAUCUCGGGUUCAAUGUUUUCCGUUGUACUCAAUUCUAUUGGCUUUGGGCAAUCCUCGAGUCGAUCUCCUCAGCCUAGAUGUGGAGGGAGCUGAAUUGGAGAUUCUGCAAACGAUUCCAUGGGACAAGGUCGAUAUCGGCGUGAUAUUGGUGGAAGUUGAUCCUUGGAGCAAGCAUGCUAUCCACAACAUUUUGGCAUUACAUGGUUAUGUGUUCAUUAGGAGUAUUCGUGGCCAAGAUCGCCUAUUCCAAAAGAGACGUCCAGGAGUUUCUCAUCAAAAGUUGUUUACUAUGUUUGAUGAAGCUUGAA